AGCCGGCCAAUGCGUCCCUGACAGGUUCAGAAUCCCAAAACACACCUCUUGGUGAACAAUGUCAUUAAUGGCAUUCCCUGGACUAUUGUGGAUCGACUUCUUCGCUUUCUUCCAUCUUUCUGGAAUUUGCGCUACAGGCAGGGAACAACACCGCGCUAGGAUCGUCCAGAAAUGUGCGUCACCGAGGUUUGGACCUACAACGAGUGUGGUUGUCGCUACAACCAUAGCGUUCUCUGUCGCAUGAACCGGGGAAUCUCAUCGCCAGUUUUCGCGCCGAGUGUUCUCUAUUCGACGGAGGAAAGGUUACAGGAAAGGGGAGUGGACGCCGACGCGACAACCAGGCAGAUCAGAGGACGCGCGAAGCUUGCAGAACCUAAGAAAUGCCCUCAUCACAGCUUCGUCCAGAAGACGUUCCUGAACCCGAUUUGCGACGACUGUCUGCUGGCGGAGGUCACUUCUGCCGGUCAAGAUGUAGGACCCCCGCUGAUGGCGCCAGCCUCCAACGCCUCAAACGAGGACGGUCUAGUCUGGGACAGCGAAUUCAAGGUCGAGAUUCAGAGCCAGACUUCAAUUGAGAGUCCCUCCUCGGACGCGCCGGUCAUUGUCGAUUCUGAAGGUGCCGACGAUACUGACAGGAGAAUUCUCGAGAGUCACGUCGAGAUCACGGUUGAGGAGGAUAGUUACAGCGUUUCGGCAGAGGAUCCUUCUUCACCUCUGUUAGCAUCAUCUCAGACUGGCGGGAGCUCACCUUCAUCUUCUCUCAUGACCUCCCCUCCAACCUCGACUGAAAAACAGCAGAAGGAAUAUCGCCUGUCGCCACCUCUUAGGAGGAAAAGAUAUGGUCUGACUUUCCACGAUGGCUUUUCGACGGAUUUCGAUGACGGUGAAGACGACGAGGACGACCCUCUCCAUGCCAUCAGAUCCCCGUCGCGUGGGAGGCCGGCCAUGCGAGGUAACGGCAACGGCACUGGGGCUCAGCGAAGCGUGACCGACCCCAUCACGGCUCUUCCGCCUGUCGAAAGCAAGAUGGGCCGGAAAUCCCUGUCCAGAAUGAAGAGCUUCAGAUCGAUUUCAUCGGCAUUCCGCCAUACUCCCAAGUCAAAACAGCAAGACACACUCACCGAAACCGUCUCAGAGAAGGCCGUCCCAAAAAGAUCAAGGUCACGAAAUCCUUUUCGCGCUUUCCGAAAACGCAAGGCCUCCCAUCAGUAUACGGAAUCGGCUGACACCAUGCCCAUUUUGCAAGGUCACGGAUCUCGCGACAGUCUGCACGAGCCAACAGGUUCCUCACAGGACAAAAAGACUUCAGCUCCUCCACCUCGCAAAUCAAGUCUAAAGCAUUGGAAGCCUGCGAAAGACAGUAGUCGAAAGGAAAUUGGCAGCCUUCCGGUAAGGCAGAGCUUGAGAAUGGAGGCGCUUGCACCUCUGAGUCCCACAGGUUCAGCUUGGUCAUGGAAUAAACCUAACGAUCGUGACGAGUCUGAGCGGCCAACCCUGACUGUACCGUUGGAGGAGGAGGAGGAGGAGACGCCCUUUGACGCGCAAUCCGUGUUCAGUGACUUCGAGGUUGAAGGCACAGCAGCAUUCAACAUGGAAAACGCGGCAACGCCAGCUUUGGUGGUUCCAGCUACUCCUGACUCAUUCAAAGUUAACCCAAUGCGGGCAAUGAUUGAGGGUAUCGAGGCAUUCGAUUUAGGUUUUGACCUUGGUUUGGACAAUGGUUUCCCCAAGAAGUCGAGACCAGAAACAGGAUUGAUGUGGGAUUACGAGGAUCAAACGCCGCAGGUGCAGUAUUUGGGCCUGGCAAUAACGUCAUCCGAGCCCGAACUCGUUGAAACGAAGCAGGAACAACCUGUCGAUAGAUCUGCCAUCACCAAGGCAGGCCCGACGGAGCCGCCUUCAGUACCGCUGCCAGCGCUGCCGCAAGAACGAUAUGAGGAAGUGACGGAUGUCAAAGCUGCUGAAGCCGGGCCACGACAAGUGCAACCUGCCGAGACAUCCACGGAGCGUUCGAGGGAGCCAUCACCCGAGGAUUCGGAGCGAAUCAUUUCGAUGUAUGGGUGGUCGACGAAGGAUCAGAACAAGGAAGCGGAGAAGGAAGACGAAGUCGUCCUGGACGUCUCUGAUGUCGCCGUGGUCUUGCGGCGGGAACCGGUCAUAGAAGAAGAAGAAGCUCCGGAGACUGAAGAGUCCCAGAUUGACGACGAACCGAAGGAGCCCGAGCAGUCGACCACAACACCGCCAGGCUCGCCAUCUCCGGCAGCGAAAGCACUCGUCGCUAAAGCACCCAGACACCCACCGCGCAAAAGCUCGUUGAAGAGACUCACCGGAUUCAAUCAUGCGCAUAUGCCGUUUGCGGAGUUUGACUUUCCCGUGCCACGCUCGCCUUUACUUCAACAGGCUUUUGAGACCGAAGAUUCGGAGUGAUGUUUUGGAUGACUGAUGACUCAUGUUGAUUUACGCUUUCUGUAUGAAUAGGCUCCGAGUGUAGCAAUGUAUAUCACAUUUUGAGACUUUGCUGGGAGGCAGCCAUUGUGAUUCAGUAGAUGAUACAAACCAGGCGAACCGACGACAUGGGAGCCUUAUGACUUCCUUGAGAUCGAUUGAUAUCCUGUCGCUUCGUGGGGAUGUCUGUACCCGGCUCUCAUGGCACCAUCGAAAAGCAAUGAAAGAGGUAAGAGAUGAAACGAGUCAGCGCAAAGGGUUCAAGUCGCGAA